UUCUUAGAAUGACUUAUAAUUUGAAACGGAGGGAGUAGCUGAUAUAAGCAGCCUCUGCCGCGAAUUUGUUGUGUCAUGUGAACUGGAAACAGAUGCUGGUAAAAUAUACACAAGACGUUGGUUGUAGAGUCUGCGUCGCCGCAGCUGCUGUCCUUGUCGAUGCAUGUAUGACUACAGAUGUAUAUAUUAUGAUUAGCACAUACACGCUUGCUCUAGCUAGCUAUAUAUACCAUGAAUAACAACCCUGGCCUACUGUUGCAAUGCAAGACAAAUCCCUAAUCUUGCUCUUGUCUUGGCCUUGUGCCACUCCAGACCUACUGCGGACAUACGUGCCAGCUUUUCUCGUCAUGCAUCUCCGUUUACAUGCCGUCUUCUCUUGCUCGAGAUGAGAUUGGGAGAGGUGACCACGUGAAUGUCUAGAAAACAAAUAAACAGUGCAUAUGCUAGUACAGAUUACUAGCAAUAUUAGAGCUAUUAAUUGUGGUGUUCAUUAGAGCUAGAUUUAGCAGCGCAAAGUCUAAAGAGUGAUCUGACUAUAUAGUCUUUCAUCCCUGCUAAUAUAUUAAGGUCAACUCCCAACGUGCAUGGGGGCUAAAAGUCCAGUACAAGUGGUAAAAUAAACAUGCUCUAGAGCCUUAUUAGGUGUAGGGCACCACCAUUGUUGGUCCAUCUCAAUGGUCAACGCAUUUCUCAAGAAAUUUACAAUUAUAUAUUGUAAGUGUGAUUGAAAAAUGUGGUCGAGUAACAUGUGGCUACAUUGUCAAAUGCAUGCAAUACAAUCUGUCUUGUGUGUGGCAGAGUUUGAAGUAUGAAGUGUGAUGCUUAGAUGCAACUGCUGCGUGGACUGAAAGGUGAAGCAAGGUAGUAUAUUAUCUCCAUGCCACAACUGUGCUGUGCUGAUUGGGAGAUGUACUUAUAGAAUAGUCGUCCAUGAACGCGUAGACCAAUCCGUGGCUUUGUUUGUUUUUUCUAGUAGUUAUAGUUAAUUCAGGAGAGAUAAAAAGCAGACCUCCUCGAUCGGUUGUAUAUGCGUGCUGUGCUGUGAAUGAUCCAAUAGGAAGAAAGGUCAUUAUUAGCUGAUAGAUGAGCAUGACAACACGAUACAAAUCUAUCAUGUUUGUCGUGACCCGCUAGUUAGCGGAGGCUUUAUUUAUUUGUUUCUCUCUGCCGCUGUUUCUAUAAAAGAGAGGAGGCUCUGCACCCGGCAGUCUCCCCCUCUGCUUCCUUCCUUCCCUCCCUUUGCGAUUAAUCAUCAUCCACUGCUGUGAGGUUGGCAUGGCAUCCAUGGCCGGGCCCGGGAGCGGGAGCAGCAGCGGCUCCUCGCCCUGCGCAUCGUGCAAGCUGCUGCGGCGGCGGUGCACCCAGGAGUGCGUGUUCGCACCCUACUUCCCUCCUGAGGAUCCUCACAAGUUUGCCAUCGUCCACAAGGUCUUUGGCGCCAGCAAUGUCAGCAAGAUGCUCCAGGAGCUGCCUGCUCAGCAGAGGGCCGAUGCGGUGAGCAGCCUGGUGUACGAGGCCAACGCACGGAUGAGGGACCCCGUCUAUGGCUGCGUCGGUGCCAUCUCCUACCUCCAGCAGCAGGUUUCCCAGCUCCAGAUGCAGCUCGCCCUCGCCAAGGCCGAGAUCCUCUGCGUCCAGAUGCAGCACCGUGCCCAUGCAACUGCUUCACCACCAUCAUCGCCGCCAUCGCAACAGCACCACAUCAUGGAAAGCGAGGCUUAUGUUAGUAGCUUGCUCGUGCAAAAUACCCUGAUGAACAGCAGUGCCGCUCAUCAUCAUCAGCAGCAGCAGCAGCAGAUGGUGGGCAGCAGCUUGGGUUCCUCGGGGAGCACUGCAAUAACUGCAAUCAUGCUGCAGGAGGCGUGCCUCAAGAAAGAGUCCCUCUGGGCGUGAACUUCUGUUAUUUUCCGAAAAGAUGUAUGGGAAAUUGAUACACACAGGAGAUAACUGGGGCAUCAUAAUCUCUCCAUUUUUUUCCGCAAAAAAAAAAUCUCUCCAUUUUUACUCAAAGCUAGAUUAGAGUACGUUAAUAAGACAAAACCGAUAGAUCUGCUUGUAAAGAUAGAGAAAACCAAUAUAAUUAAUGUUAUUGUUGAGAGUCGGCGAUGUGAUCGAA